CUUAGCCACAAUUGUUUAUAUUGUAUUAACUGAAACGAAAAGAAAGUACACAAACAGGACAAAAAGAGAAGAAAAACCUCACAGUUAACACCACAUCCUGUAGUAGCAAGAAAAUACAUGUGGAGGGAACGUGACUAUUUGACUAAUAUACAAUCCAUGCUAGCACAUCCAACAGAUCUUGCAGAGCACACAGACAGAUCCUAAAGCGCUCGUUUGACAGUCUUUUCUACUAGCCUGCCAAAUCACUCAGACUGACAUGAUGGCACAUUGUAAUUGCUUUGGAUAUGUCCUGUUAAUGGCAGCAGUGAUUUUUUCCUCCCUGAGAACAUUAAACUCUGUGGAGGAGCUGCAUCAGACAGGUUUUGGUAGCCCACCUCCAAGACAUGGACUCGCACUGCUUGUGUGGUAUGUUCAAAACUGUAUUGACAACAACAUGGUGUCUCUCUGCAACCCCAUGGAAGGUGAUUACGGUUUCCAUGAGUUCAAGAAUGCUGGACCGUUUUUUCUCCUACCCAGGCUGAAAGAUAAGAAGACAUAUGGCUACUUCACCAUAGGAAACCUUAAUUACAAACAUGCCAAAGAUCUUCCCUAUGAAGUCAGAAAAUAUUAUAAUCCACAUGACCUAAAGAGCAAUAUGGACAGAGUCAUUGUGAAAUAUAAUAAGAACAAGAACAAAAUCGAGGAGAUAUUCAUUUCAGAGCACUAUAAGAAGGUAAAGACGUAUAUUGUUGGUUUGCCUCUUAUCACUGAGUUAAGACAACAGUAGCUAACCACAUAAAGCUAACCACAUAAAGCACAGAAAAGCACAGAAAUGGACAUAGAAAUUGCUGGAAUGUUUCAUACAAACUAUAUUUUAAAAACUAUUUUCUUUGCUUGUCUGUAUAGUAUCUAAACAAA